GCUGCCCUCUUCUGAGCUUGCUCCCGUGCUUCAGCAUCCAGGUCACCUCGCCAGUAUGUCUCAGGCUGAAUUUGACAAAGCUGCUGAGGAAGUGAAGUGCCUCAAGACUCAGCCAAUGGAUGAAGAGAUGCUGUUCAUCUACAGCCACUUCAAACAAGCUACUGUGGGUGACGUAAAUACAGAUAGGCCUGGGCUGUUGGACCUCAAGGGCAAAGCCAAGUGGGACUCAUGGAACAAGCUGAAAGGGACUUCCAAGGAAAAUGCCAUGAAGACCUAUGUGGAAAAGGGUAGAAGAGCUAAAGAAGAAAUAUGGAAUAUGGAAUAUAAAUGACCAGAUUUGGUGGCCAGCCACAUGUGGGACAUAAUGCCUUAGUUUUUUUCUAAUACAGUGAUGAUAUGGCUCUCAUAUGUUAGGGCCAGAGUUAAUUACUGCUCCUCCUCCCUGUGGAGUUUUUACCUGAAAUCAAUUAAAAGUAUGUUUGUUACUC